AUGGCUUCCACGAAACCAAUCCUCGUUACUGGCGCAACAGGUAAACAGGGCGGCGCUGUCCUCGAGCAACUUGCCUCGCACCCGUCAUCGUCUCAAUUUGUCCUCCUUGCCGUGACUCGCAACACCGCUUCCGCCAGCGCCCAGAAAAUUAUCAAGCGCUUUCCCGAUGUCCUCCUCGUUCAAGGCGACCUAAACGAUGUACCCGACAUGUUCCAAUCUGCACAGAACACACUGAAGAGCGCCGGAAAGCCGAGCAACAUCUGGGGUGUGUACUCUGUGCAGAUCUCGCUGGGUCCAGGCGUCACUUUCGAGGGCGAGAUCAAUCAAGGCAAGGCAUUGGUCGACGAGUCUGUGGCCCACGGUGUCACGCACUUCGUUUAUUCCUCCGUCGAUCGUGGAGGCAAUGCGAAGAGCUUCGAGAACGAGACACCAAUCCCACAUUUCAAAUCCAAGUUCCAGAUCGAAAACCACUUACUCGAGAAGGCUGGACAGAAGGGCGAGAACAUGGGAUGGACUAUUCUUCGCCCAGUCGCUUUCAUGGACAACCUCGAGCCGGGCUUCAAGACCAAGGUCUUCCUCGCAGCUCUCCGAGAUACUCUACAGGGAAAGCCGCUGCAGUGGGUCUCUACUGAAGAUAUUGGGCUCUUUGCCGCCAAGGCAUUCCGCGAUCCUCAAGGCUGGAACUCGCGAGCCGAGGCUCUUGCCGGCGAUGAGUUGACUCUGGACGAGAUGGCUGGAUGUUUCGAGCGCGUCACUGGAUCAUCGAAUAUUGCAACGUACGGCUUCCUUGGCAGUGCGCUUAUGUGGGCUGUUGGAGAGCUGAACGUCAUGAUUACUUGGUUCGCAACUGAUGGAUACGGAGCGGACAUCGCUAAGUUGAAGAAGGAGGAGCCGCAGCUGUGCGGUUUCGAAAGGUGGCUGCGGGAGAGGAGCGGUUGGAAGACGCAGUAG